UUAUUUACUCCUUUUAAGGUUUUCUGGCAUAUUAAAGCAGCUCUUCGCAUCAGUGUUUAUUAUGGUGAGAGGGCUUUGGGGUCUGCAGUCUGCCAGAUUUCUUCAACCUUAGAUCAACAUCUGCCAUGGCAGCACGCAGAGCUGCGCUGCUCCCGGCCGUCUGCAGUCUGUCGUGGGGCAGCAGGGUGAGUCAGGCUGCAGUGUGCUGUGCUGCACCAGCACUGCCAGGUGGGCUCUGGGUUCCAUCAGAGCUGUGCCUGCUUCUCUCUGAGCAGAUCUUUCCUUAGCAGACCGGUGUUGGUGUUCUCAGAGUAGCUGAUGAAGUUAUUGCCAUUUGGAAGCAUCCUGUAGCGCCGUGCAAGCGAUGUGAAAACUGAAAGAAAAACCACCCUGUAACAACCUGCUGUGAUACACGUUUGUCAUGAGCUGCAGUAUUACCAGCUUGAGCAACAGUAAUGAAUGAUAAUGGUGAUGGUGGGCUUUCAAAUUUCACCAUUGUUGGAGUUUGCAGUCCUUUAACUUGGUUGACACUGAAACAUUGCUUCAUGAGUUCUGUUUGCUCUGAGCCGCCUUCUUGUGGCCACGGAUUUUUCUUUUUACCUUGCACUGAGCAUCAGCCCAGUUAAAUACGAUUCUAAUAGAGCUGUGGUUUCUUGUAACUUCAGCCCUGCUGACUCUGGUUGCCCUGCUUCUGGGGUUACUUUCUAAAACGCUGUAGCUGUGUAGAGUUAAGGAGCUAAGAAUUAUGUUUUGUGAUGAAUGUGCUUUGUCCAUAUGCAAUGUCAGGUUGUGCUGCGGCAGUGCUGUGAUGGUGGGAUGGGGCAGCAGCUCUGCUGGGGAGGUCUGAGCAUCAGGCAAUGCUCUGCUGGGCCUCUAGGAGGUCAGUAGCCCCAUAAGCUUAGCAGCAAUGUAUGUUAAAUUAUAAUUCUACAUACUUGAUACUUAUCCAGGGCAAUAAUUAGCGGCGAAAAAAUCAGCCCAUUGUUCAGAAAUGCCUGUAGGCAGGGGGCUGUCUUCCAUUUUAACCUCUUCUUUGAAUGAGAGCAGCAGUGGUGGAGUUGAGGUUCAUCAUACAGACUUGGACUUUUUUUCCAACACGUGGUGAACAGCAGAUGGACAGACAGAACUAUCUGUUGUGCUGUUUUUGUGAAGGGAAGAAAAAUUCGAGUUUUGAACACCCUUAAAAGCAAACUGUGACUUAAAUCUGACCUGAUCUCCAUUGCAAGAAGCUGCUCUGCUGUCUUCCCACAGGAAGCAGUCAUGCAGCUCUGAGCUGCAGCAUUUCUUGGUGCUCAGGGAAAGUUGUGGCUGCUUUCUUCUGGCUUCUGGAGUCUUUUCUUGAAAGAAGUGGUUGCAUUCAAACUUAGAGCAUUCAUUAUUGUGAUUGACUUCCUUGUUUACUAAGAAAGAAGCUUUGAGGCCUGAAUUUCUUUUGGACUUUUCGAUGUAAUUGUUGUUGGUGUGGGUACGUGUGCGUUUCUGGAGAGGAGGGGGGUGAAAACUGCACCAAAUUCGUGCAGCAGAGGGAUCUGUUUGGUGGGGCUGAGGAGGGGAUGUGCUUCUCAUCUUGCUUUGCUGCGGGGUGCUGUUAACUUCAGCUUUGCUGAUAUCUUCCCCAAUACAACCCGCCUCAGCCAUGUGGAUAUUCAGUCCAGCAGGACUAUGGAGGUCUUUAUGGUGUGAGCAAAUCUUGGAUAAGUCUGAGGCCUUGUCAGAGAAAGUCCUUCCUGUGGUGAGUUUAACAAGAUGACUUUUCCUCAGGUUGUUGGAACCCAUGUGCUUUCAGAAGCUGUUUUCUAUUCUAAUUGUUGAUCUGUUUUAACCUCUGCCUGAAGCCCUGCUCACUCCGGAGUGCUGCUUACAUUGUACACACAUUUAGCACUUGAGACCACUUCUAGCACUUUCUGCAGAAUGUAUUUAUGACUUAUUUUCACACACCUAGUUCACUAUUUGUAUUACUAACGUCUAUUUCAAAGGAGACCUGUAAGAAAUAAGCUAUCUAAAAAAAAAUUACAUCAUCUUGGAAGCCACCUGGGAUGUCUGCAGUUAUGUCUCCAUUUAUUCAGCCUUUUCCCCUUGAAAAAACAUGGAUAAACUACUUCUGCUCCAUGACUUACAGCCCACGUAUCAGCACCAGGUCAGUGGGAACGGGCCCAGCAGGGAGCUGGGUGCUGUGCCCCCAGCAGGGCAGUGUGGUGUUCCUGCAGGGUAAUCCUCCUCCUGGGAGCACUUCUUGGACACUGCAGCUGGAGAAGCAUCCAACGGCCUCUUGUAGCUGUGGGGGCUCUUAUGGGAGAGAGGUUCCUGGUUCUGGUAGAAGCAGUGCUUUUCCCUUUGGGUUUGCUGUGCUGACAAAGCACCGUUGUGUCAGACUGAGCCCCUCUGCUGGGUGAAGACACUCCGGCCCCAUCAGGGAGUGUGGUGGGAAAGGCUGUUAAAACUGUGCUCACAAUUAAACGGGUCCUCAGCCCGAAUACGUAGCAACAUUUGUAUUUGGAAUAUUAGACAAUAAUUUAAUUAUCUGCUGUUAAUAGCACUCUGAGGUGUGAGCCCAGCUCUGGUUUGAGGUCACCGCCCCUCAGAUGCUCGCUGUGUGGGUCAGGCUGCCUGCAGACCAGGCUGCCGUGCACAUUGAGCUUCAUGGCUUUGCUGCUCGGCCUCCAGCAGAGGUCUGCAGUCCAAAACAUUACUGGUGAGUUGGUCUGUGCGCUGCCUUACGUUUCCCAGCGUGUUGAGUGAUCUUCCAGUCUCGUGGUUAGCGGUGCUUCCGUGGUUGUUUUCUGGGUUGGUUGCUUUACCAAAGUCCAGGCACAAAAGCAUCAGUGAGAUCUGCUUUCUAGAGCUGAUGUUAAAAGGAAGGGGAGCUUGUUCCAGGAGACAGUGCCAGACACAGCUCUAAUAAUACUGGUGCUGGGGGGGAGGAAGGCAGCGCUUUGCUCUGGGAGGGUCUUGGUAAUUUCUGGAGAUGCAGGGAAGCGUGUGGGCGAAAGCAGGCAUGGCUUUUGCUUCAGCUUUAUCCGUUUCUUUGAGGCCCUUAAUGAGCUUAUCAGUUUUGAGGAAGCUGUGGUGUGCAAAGAGGAUGGAACCUGCUGUACCUCUCAUUGGUUUUUGUCUGCUUCUUGAGUGUUUCAAUCAAAUCCCAGCCCUGCUCUGUGCCUUGGUGGCUGAUUGCUUCAGGUGUGUGGGGAAACACGCAGAUGGCCGUGGCAUUUCUGAGCCUGGAGUCCUGGCUGCUGGGGGAGGUCUGGUGGCUGCAGGUGGGAAUCCUGCUGCACUCAGUCUGUUCUGCUUCUUAAUGCUCUGUACUGUCAGCAGCUGAGUUUGUUUGAACCCACUGGUUUGAGGGUGGUGAUGCUGCUGGUUUUUCGGCCUCUCUCUCUGGUCUUACUGCUCAUCUCUUUCCAAAACAGCUUGCAAACUAAUUAGUAGUUUUCUUCUCGCUCGUUGGCUGUGUUGUGUCAGUGCCUGUGAUGCUCUCACAGAUGCUGGUUUUAACUGCUCCGAUGUGGUGCUCGCCUGGCCGGGAGGUUUGUCACUGCUGGCAGAACUGUGUUACUCCUAGAGAGGAAUCUGCUGUGCUCCUUGCUGCAGUGAGACUUAGCAUCGCUGAGCUGGGGACUGCAAAGGCAGAACCUGAGAAAAACAGAAGUAGCAGAGAGUUUGAGUUGGGGGGUUGGAGACGUGGGGCUGCCAAAUCAGCUUUCUGUUGCCAAUUCCUUGGUGCUGCGCAGGUUGCAGAGUUGAUGGCAGUAGUCAUUUGCUUUUAAGCUGUAAUUUGAGUGUUGGUUUCAGCAGCAGUGAUGUUAAAUAAUGCCUGCUCCUUAUUCCUGCUACGUGCAUCCCUUCUGUGUGCUGGUGCAGCUGUCUGCAGAAUCCGGCCGUGAGCUGAGCUGGGGAAUCUGUCUGGGUUGAAAAAUGACAGAAUAGUUUUUCUGACAGUUUCUGGUCUAGCUCAGCUACCUGAUGCAAUGUCUGGUGUGUCGUGAGGAGCAGUGCCACAGGGUGGGUUUUAAAGCACUUAAAUAGGGAUUGAGGCUAAAAGGCAGAGUGCCUCUUGCUUUCCUGUGCCUCCCCCUGCCCUACGCUGGCUGGGGCCCUGUGGGAGCUCACUGCUCACCUGUGCUGCUCGGGGUGGCUGCAGGAGUCAGAUUUUGUUUCUCAGCCCCUUCCCUUCCCUCUGUGUGCCUGCUGCCUACAGCACCAGUAGCAAAGGGGAAAUAACCGCUGUAACACUGCUUGUAACCAUGAAGCGGUUGACUGAAGGGAAGAGGUGACUUUUCGUAGGUAGGAUCGACGCCUGGAAGCAUCUCUUCCCGUCCCCACGAGGCACAGUGUGGGAGCAGCUGAUGCGUGGGGUGCUGGGUGUGCUCACACCCCCUGGCUCUGAGCAGCCCGUGCUGCUGCUUCCCAGCGCUCCAGCUGUGGGCAGCAGUGCCCCACCAGCCUGGGCACACGGCGAGGGGCUGCAGUGCUGGAGGUGGGAGGGCAGCGUUUGCUGCCACGCGCUCCGGGUGGGGGGAGCCUCAACCGGUGCUGUGUAAGAUAUGAAGACCUUCAGCUUAACCCGUGUUUCAGAAGUCCAGGCCUAGGAUAGCAACCAGAUUUGCCAGCUGUAACCGUUCUAUUGAGGGUGAGACUGCUUUAGGGUCUGCUGCAGGCUGCUGCAUCUCCAGCACUUCUGGUACAGACCUGUGGCAGCUGCUGCCCCACAUCACCCCAAGCACAGCAGUGCUGCAUCACAUCCUGUGCAGCUCCUGGGGGGCUCCCACCUCUGGGGGCUCUGCUCUUGUCCUGGGCUGCUUUUUUUUUUUUCUUUCAGGAGCAGUAUGUGUCGGGGUAGGAAGAGAAGGAAUUACUUCUGCCUACUGGGGAAAUGUGGUACUAAAUAAGAAGCACUUCUUCUAAGCCAUAGAUACUCCAGUAUAUUAUGUUUGGAGUUAAAAACAAAUAUAAAUAUCAUAUUUAAAAAAAAAAAACCUACACACAAAUGCCUGCUUCCACUGAUAACGUUCACUGCAGCCCUGUUGGCCCAUGCUGUACUCAGUGAUAACUUCCAGUGAACUUUCCCUGGUCUGUGUAGCACGGUGUGCCAUGGCCCCACGGGCACUUAUCUUUGGGGAAAUAUUUCAGGUAAAGAUCCAUAACAUGGUGGCAGUGCUGGAAGUGAUCUCCAGCCUGGAGAAAUACCCCAUUACCAAAGAGGCACUUGAGGAAACAAGGCUUGGGAGGCUUAUCAAUGAGGUGAGGAAGAAGACAUCCAAUGAGGAACUUGCCAAACGUGCCAAGAAAUUGUUGCGGAAUUGGCAAAAGUUGAUAGAACCUGUAACCCCGAAUGAGGCGGUGCCAAGAGGGCUGCAGAAUCCGCCCGGAUCAGCAAAUGGUGGUGCUCACAACUGCAAACCAGAAGCGCCCCUUCCUGCCGUGGCUGGGUCAAAACCCAUCAGUGAAUUGAAAAGCAGGAACGAUAUCCAGAAACUAAAUUCUCCAAAACCAGAGAAAUUGGGAAAUCGGAAAAGGAAAGGUGAACAUAGGGAUGGGCAUCAGGGCCCUCCUCCCCCGAAAGUCUCCAAAGUUAGUCAUGAAAUAUUGCAAAACUCUUCACCCCCUCCUACAAACGGAAUUGGAGGUAGUCCCGAGAAUUUUCCUAGUCCUGUAGAUGUAAAUCUACAUGCAGGGCCCGAAAGCAGCAGGACAGAACUUAGUGAAAAUGAUAAACACAAUAAGAUCCCAGUAAAUGCUGUAAAACCUCACACCAGUUCUCCAGGACUCGUAAAACCUUCAAGCACUUCCUCCUUAUUAAAGACUGCAGUGCUUCAGCAGCAUGAUAAAUCGGAAGAAACCUCCGGGUCGCACCAACCCAAGAGUCCGCGCUGCUCCUCGUUUAGUCCUAGGAAUGUCAGGCACGAUGCGUUUGCGCGGCAGCAUACCACGUACUCACCAAAGGAUUCGAUGCCUAGUCCAUCUCAAAGGUCUCAGUUCUUAGAUACUGCACAGGUGCCGUCACCGCCACCAUCCUUGAUGCAACCAUCAACACCUCCAAUGCCAGCGAAAAGACUGGAGUUCUCUCAGCAGUCGGUAUCUGAGGUGUCUCAGCACUGGCAGGAGCAGCAGGUACCUUCUGACAGCCAGCACAGGCACACAGCAGGGACGCUUCCACAGCACACAUCUCCCACUUGCAAAACCAGCUCCCACCCGGGGGAAUCUCUCGUGUCGCACAUUGGCUUUUCACAGGACGCUUCAAAAAUGGACAGUGAUGAUGCUGCUUCAGGUUCAGAUAGCAAAAAGAAGAAAAGGUACCGACCUAGAGACUAUACAGUCAACUUGGAUGGGCACGUGACAGAAGGGGGUGUGAAACCUGUGAGAUUAAAAGAGAGAAAGCUCACUUUUGAUCCCAUGACAGGACAGAUAAAACCUUUAACACCGAAAGAUCCUUUGCAGGUAGAAAUCCCUGCACUUACUGAACAGCACAGGACAGAAACGGAAAAGCAGGAGCAAAAACCCAACCUGCAAAGCCCCUUUGAACAAACGAACUGGAAAGAAUUGUCCAGAAACGAAAUAAUUCAGUCAUAUUUAAACAGACAGAGUAGCUUGCUGUCUUCAUCAGGAGUACAGACUCCAGGAGCUCACUACUUUAUGUCUGAAUAUUUAAAGCAGGAGGAAAGCACUAGAAAAGAGGCUAGAAAGACUCACGUUCUAGCUCCUAACAGCAAACCUACAGACUUGCCUGGGGUCACGAGGGAGGUCACGAGUGAUGAUCUCGACAGAAUACGUGAACAUAACUGGCCAGGCGUGAACGGUUGUUUUGAUACACAGGGUAACUGGUAUGAUUGGACACAGUGCAUAUCUUUAGAUCCACACGGGGAUGAUGGUAGAUUGAACAUCCUGCCUUACGUCUGCCUAGACUGAGUACAGGUUUGCUAAAAUGCUUUUACAUUUGCAGUUAGCAAGAAUGGCAGACACUAUGCCACUUAAAGAUGGAGAAAGCCUCCUGUCCUGGACAAAUAGGCCCAACGAGCAGAGGGUGAGAGGGAGCUGGUUAUGUACAGCUCUUCCCUUUAAAUUCUCCUUUUGUGAAAUGCUGCUACCAGUUUACUAACAAUUGCAAAGGAAGGCAUACGAAGGUUGAGAAAACUGAGUUCAAAACUCUAUAGCGAGCCAGCUAUAAAAAAGUGUUAGUCCCCAAAAGAGAAGAUGAUUUCCAGCACUUUCUGAAUGCCGGAAUCUGACUACAGGCAGGUACAGAGAAAAUUGUGGAAGUUACCUUAACAAAAUAUGCAUCUAUUUAUUUGACUUGAUUUGGGUUUUUAUUUGGCAGUGAGAUAUUCAAGAGACGAUGUGCAAAAACUGUAGUUUUAUUUGUAUCGCAUCUCUGAACAUGAUUGUGUUUUUAAGGUCAUGUGGUACGGAGAUUGGGUUUUAAACAGCAGGUGUUGCACUGCAGGCUGGGAGACCAGCUUCAGCUCAACAUUCCAUGGGCAUCCACAUAUUUCAGUCUGGUUUCAGUUUAAAUCCAGUCUCUGAGAAAUGCUGCAAAAACUAGAUGUUUAAUGACAUUUUGAUCCCACCACCACCAGCCAAAUAUUUUUCCUCCUUUUCCCUUCCUGCAAACUUCUAGGAAAAAAAAAAAUCACCUUUUCUAGAAUUUAAAUGUAACGAGGGUGCUACAAGUUCGUAACUGUACUGUGAGAGGGAAAAAGGAAGCCUGUUUGUAUGCUGGAAAUAUACUUGUUACCAUUCCUUUAGAUAUUGUUUGCCUUAUGGAUAUCCAUCAUAAACGCAAUUUGCAAAAACAAAGAGCCUUAGUGAAUGUACAGUACCUAGACUUCUGUGUUCCUGGGAUGCAGAAGGGAGCAACUUUGCUAUUUGGUCCUUUAAGUGGACACAUUGUGAUAUAAAUGUGGAAAUAAAAAAAAUUUGCACAAAGCAGUUUGUGAAUUAUUUAUACUGAACUAAUUUAUUUUUUAAAAUUUGCUCAAUCAGACAAAGUAACAGAACCCAUCGGAGCCGUGCGGCGAGGCGGAUCCAUCCGGCAGUGCCAGGCACUGCUGGGAGGGGUGCAGAGAUGUCUUCCAAGUGUGUUGGUGGCAUUCGGUCACAGGUUGGAUUGCUUUUAACUCUGGUUGCAUCCAGGGGUGAGAGACUGAUGACACAAUUACUGUUAAUGUACCUCAAAGUCUAAAAAGUUGUAGUUCAUCUUUUCUCAGUAAUUUUGUAAUAUGUUAUUCCUAAUUGUUAAAAAUAUUUCUAAAGCAGCCUAAUUCAAUAUAGAAAGCUCAGAAUUUCUAUUACCUGUAUUUGCUUUAACGUUUGGGACGAGUUGUUUUCUACAGUCCCCGCUGCUGGACUUCCGUCCAGGGAAGAGGGGAGGGGACACCAAGGAUACCAAAAACGUGCUGAGGUUCAGUGCUGUUCGUUCUGUGAACUCAUCUGUGCUGAGUCUCACUGCUGUGGAAGAGCCGUGGUAAAAGUAGUUCUGCCUUUGAGAGCAGAGUCAAAGCUCUUCAACAUCAAAGUGUGAUUUUAGAAGUGUUCCUCAUACGUUGCUUUGGUUUAUUCCAUGGAAUACAACUGAUAACAUUUGGUUUCUUUUUAAGUCAUUCUUGCUAAAACCUGCUUUUGUGGUUUGACUGGGACUGCAAUGUGUGGGCAUCUCAGAAAUCUUACUGGUGUUUGUUUGCUUCUGUUUCUGAAACCCGAGGAUUGCGUGAAAUCUAACCAGAAAAAAAAGUGGUUACCAAAAAUGUUUCCAAGUAUAUUUUCAGUUUACUUCCAUUUUAUCCUUCUGCAGUUGAUGAAAUCAGGCAAUGUGUUUUAGAGUUGCAGAAAGUUACUGUCAGGAAGGUAGAUGUGAUGGUAGAGGGCUCAGAAGUUGCUCACAUUGGGAAAUGUUUAUUUUCUGUUUUAUGUUAA